UCAUGUUUAUCCACAAUUUCCUGUCUUAAUCUAUAACAGUUAGUAAUUUAUGUAAACUAUCGACUGCCAUUUGGAUUACGAGUGUGUCGAGCUCAAGUUCCAUGUGCUGAAACUAUGUCAUUACGGCGAGCCAUCACCGGUUUGUUGAUUAUCAAAUUUGCAAGUCAAGUCUGGUCCCAUGUGGAGGUGGAAUUGGAAGAUUAUUUUUUCCCUCUAGAACCGGUGAUAAACUUCUGCAAACUAGGAGACGAAUGCCAGCAUGACUUCGUGCCUGUGUGUGCGCAGGACUCGCUCGGCAUCACGCGCAUGUUCAACGACGUCUGCGACAGCUACGAGUACAACUGCGACGAAAAUAAACAAUACCGUCACGUCCAUAUGAAAAUGUGUAAAUAUGAAUUCGUACCGGCUCCGUAUGAAUGGGGCAACCUGGGAAAAAAGAAAUAAGGCGUGGAAUUAAUAAAUUGAACCAGUGCGAAAUAACACUGUUGAUAAAUAUAAUACCAAAAAUUAUAACCUGCAACCUCUUUUAAUUAUUUUGUAAUUUAACAACAAUAUUUUUUAUCAACCUUCGAUAAAUCAACCAAAACCUGCGAAAUGGUCAGUGGUAGUAUCACCAUUUUUUACAACAUUGGUCUAAUUUUCAUAAGCUGCCAUAUCUUAAGCCCACAUUAAACAUGUCGAAUUGAGCGUCAAAUUGUAGCAAUAAAAUUAUCUUAAAAAGUCUGUCUCUUAUCUUCUACAACUAAAUGCUUUAGUUAAUUUAUUUGUAACAUCGCAGUACAUGUAUCUUCGUAAGAAAGCUUUGUAGCGAUUAUAUUACACCUCAGCAAUGUUCAAUUUAAUAAUUACCACUGCUAGUAUUUCCAGACCAUGUUGAAGGGAGCCAACAAAGGAAGGGGGGAUUAAUUAAAAUGUAUUUUUGUUUUUCCUUUCACAAAUAAAUUCUAUGACAUGUAUGUUCUACA